AUGAAUUAACAAAAUAGCUUUUUAUUUAAAGUAUUAAUUCUAGGUGAUUAAGCAGUCGGUAAAUCAUGUCUUUUACUUUAAUAUUGUGAUAAAAAUUUUGUAUUAACUCAUAUGCCUACAAUUGGUAUAUAUAUUUAAAUAAAUUAAAUAAAAAAUAUAUAAUUAGGAAUUGAUUUUAAGCAAAAAUCACUUUAAAUCUAAGACAAAGUAAUUAAACUUUAAUUAUGGGAUACUGCAGGAUAAGAAAGAUUUAAAACAAUUACUAAUACUCUAUAUAACGGUGUAAUGGGAAUCGCAUUAGUUUAUUCCGUUGAAAAUAGAAAAGCUUUUGAAAAUAUAUCUUCUUGGAUGAAAUAAAUAAAAGAUAAUGUUGGUGACGCUGUUUAGAUAAUUCUUAUCGCUAAUAAAUCAGACAUUCAAGAUAAAGUUAUAUAAGGAAGUGAGGGAUAAAGACUUGCAGAUGAGUUUAAAAUUUCAUUUUUUUAAACUAGUGCAAAAACUGGAGAAAAUGUAGAAAAAGCAUUUGAUCAUUUAGCAAUGAAAAUAUUGUAGAAUGUUAAAAAUAAUAAUUAAUUAUAAUCUUUAUAACAAUAAGGAUAAGGUGUAAAAAUUAAAACUAACGAUUAAAAAGAACAUAAUAAAAAAAAAAAAUGUGGUUGUAGUUGA